AGGCGCAAAACCCACUGGCGCACAAGUUCUUCCUUUCAUCCACAAACGCUCGACCACGAAGCUGGAAAAGUGAUCAAAUUGGCUAAGAAUUGGAGGACGCAACGUAUCUCAGGUCCACUGAGACUCGGCCUCCCCAGGCCUGGCUCAGAUUCCGCUUUCCGAUUGGUCCCUACGGCAAGAGGGCAGGGACAAUUGCUGAAGUUGACCUCUGGGACCGGAAGCGGGCCAAGAUGGCGGCGGCCAGGUGUUGGAGGCUUGUGCUCCGCAGUCCGGGGCUGUCCUUGCACACCGCGGCCGGGGCCGCUGUCGCGGCUCCAGAAGUGACCGGCCCAGAUGUCGCGGCGGCCGCUGUCGCGCGGUACCCGCCGAUUUUGGCCUCCCUGAAGGCCAAAAGCCAGGCGGCACGGCAGCGGCGAGUGGAGCGGUGGCAGGCGAUGGUGCACGCGGCCGAGUCGGUGGACGAGAAGCUGCGAAUCCUCACGAAGAUGCAGUUCAUGAAGUACGUAGUUUACCCGCAGACCUUCGCCCUGAACGCCGACCGCUGGUACCAGGGCUUCACCAAGACCGUAUUCCUGUCGGGCCUGCCGCCGCCGCCGCCCGCCGAGCCCGCGCCCGCGCCCGCGCCGACCCUGGACCUGGCGGCCCUGCGCGCCGCCGCGUGUGACUGCCUCCUGCAGGAGCACUUCUUCCUGCGGCGCAAGGGGCGCGCGCCCCUCUACCAGGAACGCGAGGCCAUCGCCUCGCCCUUCCUGGAUCAGCUGGUGGCCGCCCUCAUGGGCCUGCUCAGCGUGCACAAUCCGGUCCUGGCUGUCGCCGCCGCCCUCGAUUGUAAACGCCCAGUUGACUUUUACUGGCUGCGUGGUGAAGAAAUUAUUCCUCGUGGUCAUCGGAAAGGUCGAGUUGAUGCUUUGCGAUACCAAAUAAAUGAUAAACCACACAACCAGAUUCGAAUAUCCAAACAACUGCCAGAGUUUGUGCCGCUGGAUUAUUCUGUACCUGUAGAAAUCCCUGUUAUGAAUUGUAAGCCAGACAAACUUCCAUUAUUCAAACGGCAGUAUGAAAAUACCGUAUUUAUUGGCUCAAAGACAGCAGAUCCAUACUGUUAUGGACAUACCCAGUUUCAUCUGUUACCUGACAAAUUAAAAAGGGAAAGGCUUUUGAAAAAAAACUGUGCAGAUCAGAUAGAAGUUGUUUUUAGAGCUAAUGCUAUUGCAAGCCUUUUUGCUUGGACUGGAGCGCAAGCUAUGUAUCAAGGUAACACCAAUUUUAUGACAUUAUUGUUCUUGAAAGAUAUCUAUGACAUUUUAAGAAUUCAAUAGUUCAAAUUGUUUUCUUUGGGUUAAAA